GUUUUAUUAAGAAACUCCUUGAAUUCUCUCCGGAAGUUCUGAGAGAAUAUCUGAUUCAUCUACAUGAGAACAUGGUAACUGUUAUUACCCCGAGCACUUCAGGGGCUCGAAACAUUCAUGUCAUGAUAGAGUUCCUAUUAAUUAUUGUUACUGAUAUGCCGAAAGACUUUAUUCAUCAUAGCAAAUUGUUUGAUCUUUUGGCACGUGUUGGAACACUCAUCAGGAAGGUAUCAACUCUUGUUCACGACUUAAAAGAACAAUCAAGGAAUAAAGAGAGUACGAAUGGAACAAAUCGUGCAGCUCUAGACUUGCUGAAAAAUAUUGAACUCCUCAAGGAAGAUCUCAAAUAUGUUUAUUCAAUUGCUUUGAUAAAGGAUGACAUCAGACUGGUGAAAGAAGCCCUCGAAUUCAUAAGAUCGUUCUUCGUGAAUGUUGAGCAAGGAUUGUAUAAAGAUCUCAGGUCAUGCGUUUUAGAUGUGGCAUAUGAGGCUAAAGAUGUCAUUGAUUCAAUUAUUGUUCGAGAUAAUGGUCUCUUACGUCUUAUUUUCUCACUUCCCAUCACCAUAAAAAAGAUCAAACAUAUCAAAGAAGAAGUCUCCAAUAUAUCUGUGAAGAUUCCCAAGAACAGCAGCCUCACUGUAGUAAACUCUACCACGAAGCCAGUUGAAAGAAAAUCAUUGACAACUGGUAAAAUAAUUGUAGGUUUUAAGGAGGAGACAAACUGGUUAAUUAGUAAGCUCACCAGUGGACCGAAAGAUGUUGAUGUCAUCUCAAUCACUGGUAUGCCGGGUUCGGGCAAAACUACUUUGGCUUACAAAGUAUACAAUGAUGAAUCAGUUUGUAGUCAUUUCGACGUUCGUGCAUGGUGCACUGUUGACCAAGAAUAUGACGAGAAGAAGUUGCUGGUGAAACUUUUCAAUCAGGUUACUGGCGCGGAUUUGAAGUCCAGUGAGGAUAUUGAUGUUGCCGAUAAGCUGAGGAAACAAUUGUAUGGAAAGAGGUAUCUAAUUGUGUUAGAUGACGUGUGGGAUACUACUACAUGGGAUGAUCUAACAAGACCUUUCCCUGAAGCUGAGAAAGGAAGUAGAAUUAUUUUGACGACUCGACAAAAGGAAGUGGCUUUUCAUGGAAAGGGAAACACUGAUCCUCUUAACCUUCGGUUGCUAAGACCAGAAGAAAGUUGGGAGUUAUUAGAGAAAAGAGCAUUUGGAGAUCAGAGUUGCCCUGAUGAACUAUUGGAUGUUGGAAAAGAAAUAGCCGAAAAUUGUAAGGGACUUCCUUCGGUGGCUGAUCUGAUUGCUGAAGUCAUUGCAGGGAGGGAAAAGAUAAAGUCUAUGUGGCUUGAAGUUCGAAAUAAUUUCAAUUCCUUUAUUUUGAAUGGUGAAGUUGAUGUGAUGAAGGUUAUAGAAUUAAGUUAUGACCAUUUACCUCAUCAACUGAAGCCAUGCUUUCUCUACCUUGCAACAUUUGAGAAGGACCAAGAAAUCAACAUAGAUCGGUUGAAAGUGUAUUGGUGUGCUGAAGGGCUUGUUGAACAGAUGGGGAUGAACAGUUUGGAAGAAGCGAUGGAAAUUUAUUUGGAUAAUUUAAUUUCCAGUAGCUUGGUAAUUGCUUUCAAUGAGAUAGGUAGAUCUCCGACUUGCCAACUACAUUAUCUUGUGCAUGACUUUUGUUGGAUAAAAGCAAAAGAGGAAAAGUUGUUUGACAUGAUAAGUUCUUCAGAUUUUAUGCCACACACAGUGACCAUUUUUUAUGAUAAGGAGCACUUCAGGCCUAACAAUUUCAUCCUGCUCAAUUCAAAAAUGCAAAGGCAUUCUGGUAAACACCUCUAUUCUUUGAUGAUAACUGGAGACGAGAUGGAAGAUCGUCCUUCUGAUGCUUGUCACCUAAGAGACUUGAGGCUUCUUAAAGUGUUGAUAACUGAUCCCUCUUUUAUGAUGGUGAAGGAUUCUUUGCUGAAUGAAAUAGGCAUGUUGAAUCAUUUGAGGUUCUUACGAAUUGGGACAGAAGUUAAAUCUCUACCUUCAUCUUUCUCAAAUCUCUGGUAUCUCGAAACCUUGUCGGUGACUAACAAAAGAUCAACCUUGGUACUAUUACCGAGAAUUUGGGAUCUUGUAAAGUUGAGAGUGCUGGACAUUGAGGCUUGUUCUUUCUUUGAUAUGGAUACAGAUGAAUCAAUACUGAUAGCAGAGGACUCAAAGUUAGGGAACUUGAGAGAAUUAGGGAAACUCGUGCUUUCCUAUUCGAAUGAAACAGAGGAUAUUUUCAUAAGGUUCCCCAAUCUUCAAGAGCUUAUACUUAUUCUCAAGGAAUCAUGGGAUUAUUCAACAGAGCGAUAUUGGUUCCCGAAAUUGGAUUUCCUAAUUGAACUAGAAUUCCUCAAAGUAAAAUUUGAAAGUUCAAAUGCAAAUGAUAGUGGGCCCUCUUUAGUGACAAAUUGGUCGUGGGAUUUUCAUUUUCCUUCCAAUUUGAAAAUAUUGGUGUUGUGGGACUUUGCUCUGACAUCCGAUUCACUAUCAACAAUAGCAAGACUGCCCAACCUUGAAGAGUUGUUCCUUACGAGAACAAUCAUCCAGGGGGA